ACAAAUACGGAAUUUACAGCCGUGUCUGGCCAGGAAGUAACCGGUUUGAGAAAGAAACAUCGAGAUGGCCAGGCUUCUGUUCUUGACAAUAUUGGUGAUGGACCUUUCCUUCUUUAUAAGUUGCCAAAGUAAUGUUAUAUCAGAAAUUGGAUCCAAUACGUGCAUUCCCUUUGUGAUGCCAAACACAACGAGUAAUAUACACAUUCAAAAAGACACGGAAUCACUGUGCAUUAAAGUAGAUGGUGCUAAUGUAUUGACGCUGAACGCUUGGAACAGAACGUUUUCGUGUAGCGAGAGCAGCAAUGUGUUGUCUGUUUGUUUCACCAACACCCGGAGGUCUGACGCCGGGAAGUUCACUCUAGUGGUAGGAACCAACACUGAUCCGGAAUAUAACUCUACUCUAACGGUUCAAUAUCCUGCAGCGGUAUUACCUCUGAGUGACCGUACAGUCGCUGAAGGAAGUAACGUCACGAUCACGUGUUAUUACAGCGCUGGAAACCCGAAUACCACGACAGUGUACUGGACAAGACAAGCAUCUACAUUCAGACAAAAUUCACAGACACUUAGUCUCGAAAACAUCCAGAGAAGCAGUGCUGGGACAUAUAUAUGCACUACAAAAACCGUCUACAGCAGCUUCAAUACAGGGACGGAUAUUGAGACAAUGGCUAUCGACAUUCAGUAUCCGCCUACGGUCUCUUCUUUUAAUUCUGUCGAUAUCAUGGAAGGGGACGACAUUACUGUCACGUGUAAUUACAGCGCGGGAAAUCCAAACAGCACCAUUGUGUACUGGACUAUAUCAAAUUUAGGAUUAAGACAAAAUGACCAAACAUUGAAUAUGACAAAUAUACAGAGAGGUGACUCGGGAGAUUAUGUUUGUACAGUAGAAAAUGUAUACUCCAUAGGAGGUGGCGGAUCAAACAGUCAAACGAUGUCCAUAAACGUUCAGUAUCCCCCCAGUGUGUCGUCAUUCAGUCCUCAAUAUCCAGUAGAAUUAACCGAUUUCUCUGCCGCAUGCACGGUAGUUCCGGGCAAUCCACCCAACACGGAAAUGUACUGGACACGAUCAGGAGAGGAAACCUUUCAACAGAACAGUACACAUUUACGUCUGUUUAGUAUCAACAGAAAUGAUUCGGGGACUUACAAAUGUACCGCAGAAAAUACUUACUCCUCGGGAUCAAAGGGCAGUAAUUCCCAAACCCUCGUAGUAGAUGUUCAAUACCCUCCACUUGUAUCACCUAUUGCUGAUCUUAAACCAGUUGAGGGCAGUUCCGUCAGAGUCCAGUGUAUUGUCACACAAGGAAAUCCAUCCUCAACCAGUACUUACUGGAUCAAAGCAGGAAAUUCUGGCUUCAGACAGUACAGUUCAACACUAUCUUUGUAUAAUAUCCGUAGAAGUUACUCCGGAACGUACUACUGUGUUGCAGAGAACUCGUAUAGGUCUGGAGGAAAAGGCCAAACCCGGCAACCCAUCGUACUGGAUGUUCUGUAUGGACCAGUUCUCAUCCAUCAGGAUUAUCGGACGGUCUCUGAAGGACAAGGGGCACACUUGUCCACAACGCUGACCAGCAAUCCACCUUCUAACGUGUCCUGGUAUAGAGGCAAUAAUUUACUGUCCACCCAGCGAAUGGUCAACGGCACUACUAUCUACACUAUACCCAGUGCCCAGUGUACAGACACCGGGACGUUCUCAGUGGUCGCCAGCAACGGAAUCUCCAAUCAUACCACAUCCAUGCUGCUGUACGUUAACUGUUCGCCAAGAUUAAAUCCACCGGGAAAUUCGGUUGAUAUCCCAGUAGCAGACGACAGACACCUGAACGGUCUGAUCAAUGUUUUGUCUUAUCCAAGUCCCAACUACACAUUGACUCUUCCGAAUGGUGCUCCAAAUACUCUCAUCUCACUUAUAAUAUCCGUAACUACAACGAAUAUCUUUGUCAUAACACUGCGCAAGUCAAAUAUUCAGCCUGAGGAUUAUGGGAAAUACACUCUAGAAGUUUCGAACAAUUAUGGAAAAAGAAAGAUAAAAGUCAACAUAAUCCCCAGAGGAAAACCUUUGAAGACCUCGCAGGUGUUAGUUUCUUGUGGAUUCAGAAAAGCUCACGUGACUUGGCAGUCCUCAUACUUUGGUUAUUUGGAACAAGGAUCAUUUGUUCAAUACUCCAUCCGUCCUAAUGCUGUCCUCUUCUUCAAUGGAUCAGAAUUCAUACCAGAAAGAACGAAACAUAGAAUUUUACGGGUCACAGUCUUGGAUCUACAAGACAACAAUAAGUUUUUCUUCAGAGUGGUUACAUCCAAUGAAUUUGGUUUUUCUACAUCGUCGAUUGUCAACUGCACCACGGAUGCUCAAAAGGAGGCUUCAUCGACGUCAUCCGUGUCCAUUGCUGUCGGAGGUGUAUUGGGACCACUGUUGCUCUUGUCUAUAGUGGCGCUGGUCCUUGUCACUUACAAGUACCUGAAAGAAAGAAAACCUGACAAAGAAAGCAAAGAAAGAUUUGAAGCAUAUGCAGUGAUAGAAACCAGCGGUGAUGUCAACGUAUACGAAUCAUGCCAGUACAGAACAUAUGAAAAUCACGCCUUCUCACAGGAGGGUGUGAAAGGUUCUGAGACAAAAGCAUCUACCUCUGCAGACAAAGGAAAUACAAAACCAUCUACCUCCGCAGACAAAGGAGAAAGACUUUAUGAAAAUGUAACAAAGCGGGCCGCCAAACCCAAAAAGCCAAAGCCGAAACCGAAACCAAAGCCAAAAUCAAAAGACUGCAGCGAGGCGAACUCGAAAGACUUCAGCGAGGCGACCACAUUACCCGACAUCACAUUCAAGGAUGAAACGUGUUUCUCCCGGACCUGGCGGUACGCUGUGAUCAUUGUCCUUUCCUUGUCUGUGGGGGUAGGACUGGGGUACUACGUAGGACAUGUUUUACUUACCGACAGGGAGGACUCACCCCCUUACAACUACCCCUCACCUCUCUAUAAGCGGAAGUCCCUGCCCUCUGUGUUUUCUCAACUUUCAAUGGACGAAAUGAAUUCAAUUAUGGAUUAUUGCAUGAAAGCAAAUAUAACCAAGAUAAAUAGAUCUAUACCAUUUUUGAAAAGGAGCAGAAUAAUUAGUCUUUCUGUCAUGCUGUCAAGUAAGCAGACGAUCUUGUCCUAUUUAGACAACAAUGGUCCUUAUCCUGGGAGGUAUGCCAGGGUUUACGUAGAUAAAGCGGAAGCAGUACCCCCCUACUUUGUGGAAUAUCAAAUAGGACCAUUACAACAGCAAAAAAUGAGACACAAGGUUUUACGAACCCUUGUUGACUAUAACAGACGACCUCGAACUUCCGGUGAAUCAGCUGUGGUCCAAAGUGUAGCUACGAUAGAACUAUCUAAAUUAAAUGAAUUAUUUAAGGAAUGUUUUGAUGGAUGUACAGUGAACUCCCGAGGAAUUCACGCCAAACAAUUACAUGUGUUUGUUUCUUCGUCUAGUUCCAAGGAGGGGCGGAUCUCAAUUGUGUUCCUUGGGAUUCGUGGAAAAUUGUCCACCUCUGAUAUGCUCCCGUUGUCUGCCACCGUAUCUCACGCAGGACUGGACUGGAAGAAAUGGAAAGUAUAUGAUAUAUUCUUCUUUCGCCAGGGGCCUUUUGCAAGCGUUGAGGAACUCUUGGCUGCAUACAAGAAUGGGAGCCUUUCUCUUUUCACUCUACCUAGAGGGUACGUUGAUCAAAUUAAGAACUCUCGGGACUAUAGGAGGCGCAGUGAGCAGCCAUCACGUGAAAACGCGUCGAGAAAACCACCAAAAACCGUGGAGCCUCAGGGACCCAGAUACAAAAUUACAGACAAUCUUGUGGAGUGGAUGGGAUGGUCCAUAGAACUAUCAAUGAAUAACUAUCAUGGACCAGCCUUGUUUGACAUUUGCUACAAAGGAGAUAGAAUGGUUUACGAGAAUUCAUUAAAUGAUAUCACCCUAUUAUACUCGUCGUUGAAUCCUGGAGCGGGUUCGAGCGCCACUAUUCUAAGCGACAUGAUUUUUCGUUUGGGUAGUUAUCCAAAUGUGAUCCAAGGACUUGACUGUCCUGAGCAUAGUACCAUACUAAAUGUGACAACUUUCAGUGAGUCCAGACAGAUACCUGUCCUUAGAAAGGGCAUUUGUGUUUUCGAGGCUGACGGACAACGCCCAUUGUGGCGUCAUAAUGGAUAUGUAAACAGCGGAAUGAAUGAUAACUAUCUCAAUAUCCGUAUUCCACUCGGGCUCGGUAAUUAUGAUUACAUCAUUGACUUUGAAUUUCAUCUUGACGGUAAAAUGGGGACAUAUGCAACUGCGUUUGGGAGUUUAUACACAUCAUUCUGGUUCAAAGACGACGACACAGUCGGUUCUGAAAAAUCGCGAACCCAAUUUGGUAACCGAGUGGCCGAGCAUUCCGUAGGAAGCAUCCACGAUCAUAUCUUUGCAUUCAAGGUAGACAUUGACGUUGUUAGUCACAAGAACACAUUCGAAAAGAUCCACUGGAAAGGAGGGACGGUCUCAGAAGCCAUUAGAAGUCAAACAAACAGAACCUCAUCUGAUGUACCUGGUAUUCCUUUCAAAUACACUCGCUAUCUAGAAUACGAAAGAUUAAACAAAGAAAAGGGACUAGUUAUUGAACCUAAACCCGUAGUUUGGUCUAUAAUUAACGAAAAUUUACGAAAUAAGUGGGGAAGUUUCCGCGGGGUCAAAAUCGAACACACGCAGGAAUAUCAGGAUGUUCUACCCACCGAUCACCCAGCGCUGCAUGCUCUUCCACAUAUGAAGUACAACUUGGCGGUAUCAAAACACCAUGAUGACGAGCAGUUCGUCGAUUCUUUCCAGUACGAUAAACAAAGACUUCACGACCCACUUCAUAAUUUAAACAAAUAUCUAAAUGAUGAAGAUAUCGUCAACUCUGACCUAGUUACGUGGAUUUCCGUGCACUUUUUCCACCUCCCAAGCACUGAAGAUUUCCCCAUGACAACUGCAGCGCGGCGCGGAUUUUCAAUCCACCCAAUGAAUUUCUUUGACGAAACUCCAACGUUCGAUAUGCCUCAAUAUAACAUAUAUAGAAACGGUACAAUUUUGAGUGAUCCAUACACAAUACACAAGCACCAUUACAUCCUACCGGAUGACAUCGACCGCCCCGACUACGCCUAAUGAAUAACGUCGAUCCUCACCGGAAGACCAGUGUGUGUGUGUGUCACUUUUGAAACAUCUUUACAAAGAAAUUAUUAAUAUCGGGAGUGCUGAGCAAAUAUUUUCAUACCAUAGAUACAAAACAUUGAAAGGAUUCUAUUUUAACUUGUACCGCAGAGUUUUAAAAAAAUAUAUCAAAAUCCACGAUUCAACAUUCAACAAAAAAUAUAUUGUGAAAACUGAAAUCGAGUACGAUUUCAUGACAGAAGGAAUAAAUCCAUUAAACACGCA